CCAGAAUAAACAACGGUAGAGUGCAGUUGGCGCGCACUAAAGUCAGAGAAGCUGCCUCCGUCGUCCUCGCAGUGCACCGCGACUGAGUUCACUUCUCUGACACACACAUUGAAAUGAUGAAAGAUUUUACUUCAAACGAAUCUCUAUGCUCUAAGCUUUCUAUGGACGAGAUACUUGAAUUGGAACGAAUAUACAAUGAUGUGGGACAAAAAUCACUUGAUCACAAUUUCUGCAUGGAUAUUGCUACAAGUUUUAGCUCUUCAUCAAACAGUGUUGGUAAAAAUUCUUUAUCAUGGGAACAGGUGCAGCAGUGGUUCCAAAAUAAACAUAGAGAGUCAAAGGGUCAGUUUGCUUCAUCACCUGAGGGCCUGGACCUAUUUGUUGAUCUUUCGGACAAAUCUUCGAAAAAGGGACAUAAAAGCUCUCCAAAACCAAAAGGUAUUCAAGCUGCAGAUCUGUCAGAAAUGGUAUUUGAAGCAAUAUCUAUAAAAGACAAUGCAUGGCAUGACGUUGCAAUGUUUCUGAACUAUAGAGUGCUAUGCACAGGCGAACUUGAAGUUCGUGUACGCUAUCAUGGAUUCGGUAAGGAUGAAGAUGAAUGGAUUAACGUGAAAGACGGGGUGCGGCAAAGAUCCAUCCCAUUGGAAGCUUCAGAGUGUCACAAGGUGAAGGAAGGACAUCUUGUACUAUGUUUCCUGGAAAGAUCUGAUUAUGCCCUUUAUUGUGAUGCUCGUGUUUUGAAAAUCGAGAGGAGGGUACAUGAUAGCAAAGAAUGUAGCUGCAUCUUCACUGUCCGGUUUUACCAUGACAAGUCUGAGGAAGAAGUUCGUUGGGACGGUAUAUGUUGUAGGCCAACACAAGAAGAAGCUGAGGCCCCCUUAGAAGCUUUCCUGAACCCCAUAGAGACCUUGUGGGGAUAGAAGUUACAAAUUUUUGUUUUGUAUUUCCCUUGUUUUUCUUUUUAGGAACUGUUUUUUUUUUUUUUUUUAACAAACUUGUAUUUCUUGUUCGUUACCAUGUGAAUAAGUGUAUGUUUGGUUUCUGCGGUGACUAAAUUUGACUUUGGUAAAAUUGAUUUUAAUUAAAAGUAAGUUGAAUUGGAUUGA